GGCAAGUGGACGCGAGGUGGCGCUGUUGCUCAAUGUUAGAGGCGGCGCGGGCCCCGGCCGGCCUGGCCGCACUGACGUCGAGAGGCCCGGCCCGGAGCCGCGGGGAGAAGGCCCCGCGCCGCGCCGCGCCGCGGCCCGGCCCGGCGAGCCUGGCUCUGAGCACAUCCACGCUCUCACCUGCCAGGCGUAAAUAACGCGCGAGUGGCAGCGGGAGAUGGGCCCUGGCUCCGGGAGCGGGCUGAGGAGGCGCAGGAGGGCGGGCAUCGCCAACAAUCGCUUUGCGCAGGAGAUAAGAGCAGAGCGGACGACGCGUAAUUAACACAAAAAGGCGGACUGACCCGGACAAACGAACAUAAAUCCGCGGUACCUAGACGGGCGGUGGGACAGGGACGGCCCCGGCGAGGAUGGCUGCGUGCGGUUCCUUUAUUUCCAGGCUCAGAGCGAAAUAAAUCAGAAACGAGUACAAGGAAGGAAAAAGAAGAAGAAGAAAAGCAAAACAAAACAAAUGAAAGAGAGGCGAGAGGUCUCCUAAAAGGGGAAACCGAGUCUGACCAGGGGUUGCAGGGCUGCUGGGUGCCGCCGGGCAGGCGGCGGUGGCGGCACACUCGGGACAGUCGCAUUCCAGGACACAAAGGCCCGGAAGAAUAGCUCUCUGGUAGAGUUUUCCGCUGGACCAUAAAAUGUCAAAAUAUCCCCCCACCCCACCCCUAAAAGAUAAGGCGCAGGCCCCAGAGCGAAUCUGGCCCUCGGGGCUUCCUCUCUCCAGGAGGAGAGGAGAAAGUAUUUAUGACAGUCGCCGGCACAGUCGCUGGGAGCCGGGAGUCCACUCUGCUGUUCCAGCCCCAGACGGGUAGGCUCGGGAAAGGCCAGGCUGCAGGCGGGGGAUGCAGCGGGCGCUGGGAGCGGUGGAGACGCCCUGCGGUGCGCCCACCGUCACUGUCUUUGCAGGCCUGGCCCUCUCGCCUCCACCACUCCCCUCUGCUGCCCAGGGACCAUAGUCCCUUAUGUGUGCGGUUUUGGGCAGCUGGGACACAGACAGAUCCUGGAAGGGUGUCAUACUGCAAUCCCAGCGCUGCCCUGCCCUGCCCUGUCCCCAGCUCCAGAGCUGGGCUCCAGCCUGGGGGGCAGAGACUUCCUGGUUUGCUAACCACCUCCUGGCUCACCCACUCCUGAAACCCCAGCCUGUGGAUGGAACGCAGGGAGCAAGUAUUUGUCCUGGUGCAGAGACGGUGCAUAUGUGUGUGUGUGUCGGGCAGUGUGCACCAUGCGUGCCCAGUGUCUGCAAGGUGGUGGGAUACUUGCAGGCACACGUGUGCCAGUUUACAGGGGGCAUGCAAUGCACUUGGUGUGUGUCAGGGUGAAGAGGCAGCCUGUAGUGUGUGUGUGUGUGUGUGUGUGUGUGCACAUACCCCAGUCUGCUGAGGGAGAGGACUGGAAAAACCAUUCCUACUCGUCGUCUUCAUUCGUAUGCACACAGCACACAUGCACACCACGGCGCUCACUGGCUCCCUUUUGCUCUGUUGCCUGUGCGAAGCCCACUUAGGGCCAAGGACGGGCAGUGAGGGGCCGAGGGCCUUUUAUCCUCUGCGAUUCACUUGAGUUUGUCCAGUGUUGGGGGAUGUGGGGAGCCCCCCAGAGCAAGCGUGGGUAAAUAUUUAAAGAGUGUCUGUUGACAGUUCCCGUCCACCUCCUGGCCAGGGCAGCCUGCCUGGGGGAGGGGGGAACGGUAGAGGAGCCAGGGGGUCCCUUCAGACUGAGCCGGCAAUGCCUAUGGGGCCAGAGUAUUUGGGGACAAGUAAGAGGCCUGCUUUAGUCCCCUGCGACCCAGAAAGAAAUGGUCUCCUGAGAAGAGACACCAUGCACCAGCCCAGCCAGCAGCCGGGGAUACACAGGCUGCCCUCACCUUCUUGGUCCCCACAGGCAGCUUUGCUGCCAGCCCCCCCCCCACCCCCGGCCCAGCCUGUGGCCGCUGCCUGUCUCCUGCCCAGUGGCCCUGAUGGGCUGUGUGGGGUGCCCGCGGAAGGCAGGCCGGCAGGCAGGCAGGAGCCUGUUCUGCAUCUGGGGAGGGCAGGGCCGCUGCAGACCCUGGCAGGGGCUGAUGCCUGGGGUGUCUGGGGCUAUGGUGGGCUUGUUUCUCCCCAAAGUCUCCCCCCCACCACCACCACCACACACAUCCCCCUCCAGGGGGCUCAUCUUUUGGGGCUAGGGACCCUGCUCUGGCAUAACCCCAUUUAACCUCUUUGGAAUGUGUUGUACCUGUUGAGGUAACCCGAGCUGACCUGCUGGUCAGGUACGUCUCUGUCUCUCAGGCUCAGAGGGAAAAGAGAGGCACCUUUGAAUCUGAACACGUACCUUGGAAAAGCUGGCCCCGGCCAUUAGCUGGGGCUGGCUCACCACCCCCCUGCACACACCACACCCCCAUCCCUCCCCCUCUCCUCCCUCCCCUUCCUCCAGGUCCCCCCAGCCCUGAACCCCUCAACCCCCGCCAUCUCUCUCUCCCUCUCUCUCUCUCUGUCUCUUCUCUCUCUCUCUCUCUCUCUCUCUCUCUCUCUCUCUCUCUCUCUCUCUCGCCUGUCUUCAUGUCGUGGAUUGAUGAACGCGAAUCGCGUGUAAGCGCCGCCACCGCCGGGAGUCUGAGGAAUUCGCCUGGGCUGUUAAAGGAAAGAGCUAAGUGAGCGAGCUCUACCUACCGGCAGUGAGGGAGCCGCCGCCGCCGCGCCGCCCGCCCCAGCCCGAAGCUCUGCCGCGCCGCCCGCGCUCGCUCGCACCGAGGCGCCCCCACCUGCCCGGCCCCCAGCCCAGCAGCCCAGCCCCGUCCCGGGGAGCCGGCCGGCCCGGGGUUCGGUCCCGGGGGGAGGGGAGUUUCGGGGGUACCGGGCGGGGGAGCCGCGAGCCAGAGGGGAGGGGGCCGCGGGGUUUCAUGUACCCAGCAUGAGUUCCUACUUCGUCAACCCCCUGUUCUCCAAAUACAAAGGCGGCGAGUCCCUGGAGCCGGCCUAUUACGACUGCCGGUUCCCGCAGAGCGUGGGCAGGAGCCAUGCGCUGGUGUAUGGGCCCGGCGGCUCGGCGCCCGGCUUCCAGCACGCCUCGCACCACGUCCAAGACUUCUUCCACCACGGCACCUCCGGCAUCUCCAACUCGGGCUACCAGCAGAACCCGUGCUCGCUCAGCUGCCACGGAGACGCCUCCAAAUUCUAUGGCUACGAGGCGCUCCCUAGACAGUCCCUUUAUGGGGCUCAGCAAGAGGCGAGCGUGGUGCAAUAUCCCGACUGUAAAUCCUCGGCCAACACUAACAGUAGCGAAGGACAAGGCCACUUAAAUCAAAACUCGUCUCCCAGCCUCAUGUUUCCAUGGAUGAGACCCCACGCUCCGGGGCGGCGCAGUGGCCGGCAGACUUACAGCCGCUAUCAGACCUUGGAACUAGAGAAGGAGUUUCUCUUUAAUCCGUAUUUGACACGGAAGCGCCGGAUAGAGGUGUCUCACGCCCUGGGACUGACUGAGAGGCAAGUGAAGAUCUGGUUCCAGAACCGACGGAUGAAGUGGAAAAAAGAAAACAACAAGGAUAAACUGCCCGGAGCCCGGGAUGAGGAGAAGGUGGAGGAGGAAGGGAACGAGGAAGAGGAGAAAGAAGAGGAGGAAAAAGAAGAGAACAAGGACUAAGCAAGAAAGAGGGACACCCCCCUUUAGCAACUCCUUGAAGUUUCGUUUUAUGGUAGCAGAUAAAUUGAGAAGUUUACGACUGUCAUUUGCUUUUAUAGAGAAUAGAAUGACACUCACAACUCUAACUACCUGUCAGAUACUCCCAGCUCUGUUUUAUUACCUUUGGACUCCCCCCCACCUCUUUAUUUGUUUGGGGACUGGAGGGGGGAGACCGAGACGCAACGGAAUGUUGGGACCCUCGGGUCCACUCCUGGCCCUCCCAGAUACACUUGCUCCUACCCCCACCCUCCUGGGUCCUUCCUGGAGUCUCAGGUCCCAGCCCCGGCCUCCUGGCCCUCUCUCUCUCUCUCUCUCCCUCUCUCUGCCCCCUUGUGCCACGGUCCCGCCUCCCUGCUGCCCUGGUAUUUAUUUUAGAAGGGAGCCCCUUUCAAAAUAUGGAAGAGGACUGGGGCUUUGUCUUAAUGCUAGGACCUAGUGGACUGGAUUUACUUGUUUAAAAGGGAAAGAAAAAAAAUCAGGAAAGGGAAACAGUUUUAAAGAAAUAAGGGAAGAAUAGCAAGGAGUAUGCCCCCUCCCCUCCCCCUCCUGCUCCCGGGGCUCCCUGCUUCGGAAAAAAAAAAAAAAAAAAAAAAAAAAAAAAAAAAACCCUUGACUUUCCCUGGGUACCUAAGAGAAACCUGAAGGAGAUGUGGCGCUCCCACCUCCCCUGUUUCCGUGGGGUACAUAGGAGCCUGCAGUCGCCUCUGAAAUCCUACCUAGCCCUUCCCAUAGUCACUCGGGCCCACGCCUCCAGCGCCUGCCUUCGCUGUUUGAUUUCUGUUCUGUUGGGCCCAGCUUCCUCUGAGCUGCAGUACUGUUAGCGCUCAGAAAUCGCCACAAUCAUGAAAAUAAAUAAAUAAUAAUAAUAAUACUGAUAAUAAAUCUUUAACAUACUACCUAAAGGGAACCUGCAAUAAUCUUGAAAAAGAAAGAGAAAAUUAAAAAAAAAAGCACCCUACUAUAGGAGGAAAAAAAAGAGAAAAAAAGUGAAAAAUGAAAAAAAAAGAAGAAACCUCCAACG